GCAACGUCUUAGGAAAGUUCUCGGCUGUGCCCCGCCCCUGGAGGAGGGGGGGGAAUCCCUAGGGCGCUCUCAUUGGUUCCUCCUGCUUCGUUGGGCUUCGGCCCGGCUCGUCUUGGAGUACUUUUGGAGAGUGCAUUGUCUCAGUUAUUCCCCGCUCUCUCUGAACUCCUGGAGCUCUCAUUGGAUUCCUCCACCCCCGCCCACCCGGCUGAGCCUUAGGAAAGCUUCCGGUCUCGACUUCGCUCCGCCCCUGCGGGAGUAUCCCGAGCUCUCAUUGAUUAGGAGCCCCCUACCCCACCCCGCCGCGCCUUCAGUUUAAUUCCCCACCUAUUCCCGACCCCUCGGCGUCCCCCCAACCAAGGCUGUUUGGCAUACGUGAUGACACACGUUCCUCCGCGGGGCCCCCAGACUACAGGGGAGAGCGGACCGCUACCCGGAACCCCGCCCCCUGUCCCGGCGCUGGUCGCGCACGCGCGCGCGCUCCCGGCUCGGGAAGAGAGAGACGGGGACGGCGGGUGCGAGACUGGCGAGCGCUCGGCGGCGGGGCCGGGCCCAGGGGCCGACAUGGAGGCCGAGCCGGGCCCGCCCCAGUUGUGGCUCAAACGGCGCCGCUGCUUCCUCAGCCUCGACCGUCCACGGGCGCUGCUGGCCUGGGGGCCUUGCUCGGACCCAGUCCCAGACCCCAGCCCUGACCGGCCCCCGGCUCCGACCCCAGCCUCGGGGCCCGGUGCCUAUUCAGUUCCUGUUUCUGAGAUUAUCACUGUAGAAGAAACAGAAAUUGAUAAGAAGGACCAUAAAAGUGGAAAAUGGCAAAAAAUGGCCAAGCCUUAUGCUUUUACAGUGUACUAUGUCAAGAGAUCGAAGAAAAGCUGCCGCUGGCGCUGUGGCCAUGUGACCUUUUGGUGCACGGACGAGGUGCUUUGUAACCAGUGGAUCCAGACACUCCGAGACUUGAUUAAGAAUCUGACCUGUAGACCAAAACACUUACUUGUUUAUAUUAAUCCCUUUGGAGGAAAAAGACAAGCCAAAAGAGUCUAUGAACAGAAAAUCGUCCCACUCUUUAAUCUAGCAUCUAUCACCACGGAUGUCAUUGUUACUGAACAUGCUAACCAUGCCAAGGACAGUCUAUUCGAAAUUAAUAUUGAAAAAUAUGAUGGAGUCGUCUGUGUUGGUGGAGACGGCAUGUUCAGUGAGGUGUUGCAUGGCCUUAUUGGGAGAACCCAGAAGGAUUAUGGCAUAGAUCAGAAUGAUCCCAAAGCAUCAUUAGUCCAGUGCAAUCUAAGAAUUGGGAUAAUCCCUGCAGGAUCCACGGAUUGCGUGUGCUACGCCACGAUUGGCAUCAAUGACCCAGUGACGUCGGCAUUGCAUAUCAUCAUCGGGGACUCGCUGUCCAUGGACGUGUCGUCGGUGCAUCACAGCAACACGUUCCUCAAGUACUCCGUGUCCCUGCUGGGCUACGGCUUCUACGGGGACGUCCUGAAGGACAGCGAGAAGAAGCGCUGGAUGGGGCUCGUCCGCUACGACUUCUCGGGGCUCAAGACCUUUCUUUCCCAUCACUGCUACGAAGGAACCGUCGCCUUCCUGCCGGCGCAGCACACCGUGGGCUCCCCCAGGGACAAGAAGCCCUGCCGCUCCGGGUGCUUCAUCUGCCGCCAAAGCAAGCAGCAGCUGGAGGACGAGCAGAAGAAGUCCUUGUAUGGCCUGGCCAACACGGAGGAGGUAGAAGAGUGGAAAAUGAUCCAUGGGAAGUUUCUGGCAAUCAAUGCCACCAACAUGAGCUGCGCCUGUCCGCGCAGUCCCAAGGGCCUUUCCCCAAUGGCCCAUUUGGCAGAUGGCUCCUUGGACCUCAUCCUGGUUCGCAAGUGUUCCCGCUUGAAUUUCCUGAGGUAUCUCGUCAGGCAUACCAAUGAAGAUGACCAGUUUGACUUUACGUUUGUUGAGGUCUACCGGGUGAGGAAGUUCCAGUUCAUGUCGAGGCAUUCCGAAGAGGAGGAUGGCGACCUCAAGGACUUGAGGAAAAAGCACUUUGGGUCCAUCUGCAGCAAUCACCAGGCCUGUUGCUGCAGUCUUCCAAACAGCACCUGGAACUGCGACGGAGAAAUUCUGGACAAUUCUGCGAUCGAGGUCAGGUGGGUGUCCGUCAGGCCUUCCUCAGCAGAUGCUGACCCAGGCCCGGAGAGUCAGGAGAGGCCACGGCAAACCCUCCUUCGCCCCCCCGAGCAUCAGCCCCCAGACAGCUCCCACUGGGACCGUCCACUUUCCUGCUAGGAUCAGAGGCACCUUCCAAGGUGCUCCGAGCCGAACCCUCACUCCACAGCCACAAUGAAUCUGGGGCUCUCCUAGAGGAAGGGGCUGCUCUGGGGGGUCAAAGCCACUCAAACCCCAGUUUUUCAAGGCCUUUACCAGGGCCUGAGCUGUCCCCGGGGCCCCCUUUCUGGCUUCUGUGAGGUUCCAUAUACGUGCUGCCUUGGGCCUUGGUGCCAGGGCCAGACUCCUCCUAUCUGAUGUCUUUGCUCUCAGGGUUCAUUGCCAGCUGGUGCAGCUCUUCGCCCGAGGGAUUGAGGAGACCCCGAAGCAGGAGGCUCUCAGCUGAGGAUCUGGUGCCCGACAAGGCCUCACGGUGUGGCCCCACCAGUGCUUGUCAACUUCCAAACAUAUUUAUUAGAACAUUGCAGACCAAUUCUGUUGGUGCACACAUACACACACACGCACAUUUGAAAUUUGAAUUUAUUUUUGAUAGUUAAAUGCUGGUUUUAGAAAACUGCCUCUUUUCCACAGCGUCUGCACAUCCUGAACAUUUUACGUGGUGAGUCAUCCCAGGGCCAGGGGGCAGGGAGGAGCCGGCCUGGCCCCCCAGCUUCUGGGGAGCCCCGAUCCAGGGGCCCUGUUGUGAGAACAAGCCUCUCCGGAAAGGCCAAGGCUGGGCAGCAUCGUCUGCAAGCCCUGGUGACCGCAGAGGGCCCGAGGCUUCCUCUGGAGUGGGAGGCAGAGACAGAGGGAAGGAAGGCCUGCAUUUCCCUCUUCCUGGCUGGGGGUCGGGCUGUGUGCCUCGAUCCCUGUCCUACUGUAGGCUGUUCAGUACGGUAGACGCUGGGCUUGGAAUGACUCAUGGAGCGUGUCUCAGCUGUGUCUUUCUGCAUAGUGGAGAGUCUUACCAAAGCGUGUGCAGACCUAGGUCAGAACCGGGAUCGCUCGGCCCUGGCCAGGCCCCGUUCUCUGAGCAACUCGGCAUUUGGGGUUCCAGACGUUAGUGCUGCAUGCGGGUGCGGCGGGCCAAGCGUCGCACUGACGCUCGUUCUGCUGCUCCGGGAGACGGUGACGAGGCUGGCAUUCCUACAUUAGAAGUUCACUGUGUGAAUGGUUUGUUAAUGCUACAAACUGCCACAACAUGAGGGUUCUCUAUAGACGCGAAGUCGCUCCUCUCCGGGGCUCUCUGUCUGCAUUACCUUCGGUGGGCGCCAAGUCUGACAAACGGGCCUUGUUGGUUUUACCCUUCUCUGCCGUGCUGGUUUCCAGAUAUUUAUUGGAAGUUUUGUCCUUUUCAAUCUAGUACUGUAUGUUGGGGGUUCCAUGUUUGUGUUUUGUCUACGAAUCGUGAUUAAUUGUUCAUUUCCUGCUGAAGCACUUGGAAGCAGCUAUCAGGGGAAGAUUUCUCAGUGAAGCAUUCCAGCUCAAGGAGCAGCACAGUUACCGGAUCCUGCUCGAUCCUCGCUUUGUGCCCUUUCGUAGUCAGGAAGAGGAUCCUGCUCAAGGAGCAGCACAGUUACCGGAUCCUGCUCGAUCCUCGCUUUGUGCCCUUUCGUAGUCAGGAAGAGGAUCCUGCUCAAGGAGCAGCACAGUUACCGGAUCCUGCUCGAUCCUCGCUUUGUGCCCUUUCGUAGUCAGGAAGAGGAUCCUGCUCAAGGAGCAGCACAGUUACCGGAUCCUGCUCGAUCCUCGCUUUGUGCCCUUUCGUAGUCAGGAAGAGGAUCCAGCUCAAGGAGCAGCACAGUUACCGGAUCCUGUUCGAUCCUCGCUUUGUGCCCUUUCCGGAUCCUGCUCAAGGAGCAGCACAGUUACCGGAUCCUGCUCGAUCCUCGCUUUGUGCCCUUUCGUAGUCAGGAAGAGGAUCCAGCGUGUGCAGAGGAGCCCUGGAGACAGGCUUAGACUCCUCCAUGUCCUCCCAGCCGAAUACUUGACAAGCUUUUACAUAACCAGCCAUUUUCUAUGCGCUUGUGGCAUCCGGAGCCGAGGGGCUUCGACCAAUCCAGCUAGCUAGUGAAACAGUUAACAGGCGGCACUUAAUCUAUUUUAGAAUUUACUUAGAGCCCUUUAGUCUGAAGUAGACGUCGACUUGCCUAGUGCAUCAUUAGGUCCAACCCUGGGAGGCAGCGGGAAGCUCCUGCAGUUGUAAAGGUAAAAGAACUAGUCCGGUGGUCCUCGUGCUGAAACUUAGUGUCUAGAUCCAAACACACUCUGCCCGGGGUUUCCACAGUGAUUUUAAACACUCCCCCCAGACCCUGAGGGACCGUCCCCCCUCCUGCCUGCCCGGCCUCUGUGUCCUGGCCAUCCCUGGGGCCUGCCUGUACCUGGGAUGGCGACAGCCCACCAGAGUGGCCGUGGCUGGGUUCCCCUCCUUGGCAGGAAGCCCCCCUCUGAGGCUGCCGUGUCAAACACCUCACCGAACAAGUAAACCUGCUCUAGGUCUUUCCUUCUGACUCCAAAGGAGUCUCCUAAGAGGGCUUGGCCCCGCUGAGCAGUCCAGCCAGGCCCACUCCUGGCCUUCCUCGCCAGUCUUGGGUAAUAUUCUCAACGACCAUCCCUGCAGAGGGCCCAGGCCAGCUUAGAAGUGGCUGCCUAGACCUGGUCUGAAGGGCCUCGAGAACAGGCACCCCUUUGAACCCUCCCUCAAGCAUCUGGCCCUUGAGGAAAGCAACGGUUUGUCAGUGCAGCGAGAAGGGCAACACCUCGUGUCCAAGGCCAGCCGGGGCUAGGAAAGGGGCUCCUCCUGCCCAGCCAAGCUCAGUGCUGCAGCUGCGGCCCAGAGCCUGCUGGCUCUUCUGCCCCUUCAGGAUCCAGGGGCCAUCUGAGGAGGCCUGGAGGUGAGGAUGCAGGAGAGGACAGAGCCACGAGCGAGUGGCCGCCAGACCCACAACCCAUGCUUGCUUAUUUUCAUGAAGAAAAGAGCUUUGCAGGUUAUGCCCACUUUUAUCUGAAAAGUUAUUCCUUACAUACAAUCAUGGGGAGAAAAGUUAUUGAUGGAAAAUCUUAAGUUUCAUUUUCUUUCUAAUCUUGCUGGUCUCAAGAUUAGGAGAGGGUAUGCUUAAUGCUCUGACGUAUGGAGAAGACUCAGAAUAAAAUGAUGUUGGACAGAA